CCAAUAUAUAAAGUCUCGUGCUAAUGUAUGGUGCAUUAGCAGCACAGUGAGUGGCUUAAAUGCCUUGAAAGGCUGGUUGUAGUUCGUGGAAGUGCACUAAAUCUGCUGUGCCCCUCCUGAUCUCCUAUAGCCAGCUGGCACCAUUUUAAAAACUAGACUGUCAUGAUGGAAAUCCAGCUUAUCGGACUGACUUGAGCAUGUUAUUAAAAAUUGUUAGAAAUUACAAAGCCAGGCUUCAUGUUUAGCUGGUGAAAAAUGUGUGUAAUUUGGUGUACUUUACUUGAUGGUUAUUAUUCCUGUUAUAUGGUAGGAACAUUGUUACGGUGGGAUCGGUCUGAACCAGUAUCCCUCUAGCUUUGCUUUUCUAACUUGUGUUUGUUUACUUUGCUCCCUUUUCUUUUUCAGAGGUCCCCACAUUUCAAGAGGAGACGAAAGCCUUAUUUGGAAAUCUUAUGGACGAAGGUCUUCAAAAAUUGCUGGUUAUUGCUAGUUCUUUGAAUCACCAUCAAAGGGAAAGAGGAAGUGCUUCCCUUCUGUAAAAACAAGGACCCAAAUGUUUUAUCAAACAUCAUAAUUUACUUGCUAAAUGGAGGUAAGUUGCCUGGGAAGACCUCAGAAGACCACCUAUGAGGGCCUCUGACUCAGCUACAGCAGCAGCUGAGUAUGUUUUCUUCUACUCUUUUUGAAAUUGUUAAAUUUGUGCUAAGUUUGAUCAUGACUGCUCAAUUCACCUAAGCUUUGGCAGCAGUUUUCUGGUGGUGUUAAUUUCCCAGCUGUUUCGUCUGUCUACAUAUCACUGUGGUGUCUCAUUGGCCGAUUCUCGUCUUGUCUUCACCUCCCACACAUACAGUCCCUUCUCCAUAUUAUUCCUGUGUGCCGGCCCUCCCUGUGCUGCCUCUGUCUGUAGAAAUGAGUCGCCAGACUGCCACCGCGCUGCCCACAGGAACAUCUAAGUGCCCUCCUUCUCAGCGUGUGCCCACCCUUUCAGGCACCACAGCCUCCAACAGUGACCUGGCGAGCCUGUUUGAGUGUCCUGUCUGCUUCGACUAUGUCCUCCCCCCAAUCCUCCAGUGCCAGUCCGGACACCUGGUGUGCUCCAACUGCCGGCCUAAGCUCACUUGUUGCCCCACCUGCCGAGGUCCCCUGGGUUCCAUCAGGAACCUGGCCAUGGAGAAGGUGGCCAACUCUGUCCUUUUCCCCUGCAAGUAUGCCUCAUCAGGCUGCGAAGUCACCUUGCCUCAUACCGACAAGACCGAGCACGAAGAGCUUUGCGAGUUUCGGCCAUAUUCCUGCCCCUGCCCCGGCGCCUCUUGCAAGUGGCAGGGAUCAUUGGAUGCAGUCAUGCCUCACCUGAUGCACCAGCACAAGUCCAUCACCACACUGCAGGGGGAGGACAUCGUGUUCCUGGCCACAGAUAUCAACCUGCCUGGUGCGGUGGACUGGGUAAUGAUGCAGUCAUGCUUCGGCUUCCACUUCAUGCUUGUGCUGGAGAAGCAGGAGAAGUACGACGGACACCAGCAGUUCUUUGCCAUCGUGCAGCUCAUUGGGACUCGCAAGCAGGCCGAGAACUUCGCCUACCGACUGGAGCUCAACGGGCACCGGCGUCGUCUGACCUGGGAGGCCACGCCACGCUCCAUCCACGAGGGCAUCGCCACAGCUAUCAUGAACAGCGACUGCCUGGUGUUUGACACAUCCAUCGCACAACUGUUUGCUGAGAACGGCAACCUGGGAAUCAACGUCACCAUCUCCAUGUGCUAAAAACUUUGAAGAGAAGAGGAUUUAAAAAAAACAAGUUACAUAUUGUUAGGGGGCAUUUUUUUUUCUUUGUUUUCUUUUUUUUAUUAGACCUCACAGUGCCCCACCCCUCUCUGCCUCACUCCUUCAGACAUGGAUUUGGACUGUCUAAUUAGGCAGCCAUGGAGGCCUGGAGGGGGGAAAUGGAUGGCUGAAUGUUUGGAUGGAUGAGUGGAGGAAAUGAAACAAAAUAGCAUAACUGUGUAGUGACGGCUAUAGACUUGGAAACACAUUACGUGAGACCCACGCGGGGCCUCGCCCUCUGUUCGUCGUAAACGCGGACAAACUGUCAAACUCCCUUCCUGGCCACGUGUCCCCUGUCUUAGAGUGAUUUCUCACAACUCAUUCUCAUCGCACUCUCUCUCUCUCCACACACACACACACACACACACACACACACACACACACACACACACACACAUUUCAGACGCACACAUUUCAGACACUACGGCUCUUCCCGAGUGGAACGUGGAAGGGGCUCCAGUCCCUGACUUGAAGGAUCAAGCUAUAGUUCAAAACGGACUCCUGGUCAGUGCUGGAGUGCUUGCAAGACAGCUAGCACUUCCUGUUUGUAAUCCACCUCAGUACCCCUCAAGUCCCCCCACACUUUCCCUCACUCGGACUGGAACGGUUCCCACGCUCCCCACCCUCGCAGGGCUAUGGCUGUGGCUGCUAUUGACUAUGUCAAACUGGAACCCCGAGUCCCUAAAAAUCUUUAUCUAAAAUGUAUCUUCGCCUGUGACUGGGGAUCAUCACUCACAGACAUGAAUGGCUGUAGCACCCCAAUCCCCAAGUAACGUCCAGGAAAAGAAGCUUGGAUCUGUGUAAAGGGUCCCGGGAUUACUACAGCUGCGCGAGCUAGUUUUGCUUUCUUCUGCUCCACACCGGUUCCUCCCCCCAAAGCUAAAGAUUGCGCAUCGGAUGCUUGUUAUUAAAUUGUUGACUGUCAUCAUCAAUUAUUAAACUUUGCUGUCAUACUGGUUGGAUGUAAGAAGGCCCUCAGCUACGUCAGCCCUGGAGUUUUAUUUUCAAAGUGGACACAUCAACGGCUUUCUGACAUGCCAAACGCACAUUGCUCUUUGCAUUACAGGCUCUGUGUGCAGGUGUAAUAAAUUGACCUAGGAACAAAGGGGUCCUUUUUGUUUUUUAGAACAAGGAGGAAAAAACCUAAACACUGCAUUUCAGUUGGAAGAAUUAUUUCUCAAGUCUAUUUCUUUGGAACUAUAUUAGUGGUUUUUUUUUUUUUUUGUGUGCGCGCGUGUGCACUGUCUUUGCUGAAAACCUGCUCAUUUUCUCACGUCUCUUUCGUUUGUGCUCGGCCUCGUUUCUCUGUCUGCCCGUGUCUGCCUCACCGAUUGACUGAUCACCCAACAAGGAAUGAGGGACAGUUUCUACCGUUACAAUGUUGCUAUUGUUAUUAUUACAUGGAGAUUAUGACAAUUAUCGGUUUUUGUAUUGAAUUUUAAAAACAAACAUUAAAAGGCAAUUGUAAAAGUUGUGGCUAAACUUCAGUGUUUGUAGUUUAAAGGAAAAAAAAACAAACAAGUUGUCAUUCUAUUGAAGGUUUCUUUUCUUCCAGAGUUGGGUUGCUUUAUUUUAUUUUCUCUUCAUUUAUUUGUCCCGCUGUCCUCUCAUUUGUGUGGUAAGUCUUCCCCCUCGAGCCCUUUUUGUUUUGUUUUUUUUGUUCAAGGAUUGAGGGAGUUCAAGCCAAUCAUCUCUCCAUUUCUCCUCAUGUGGAGUCUCAGUAAUGUUGCUGCUCUCCCUGAAGUCCUCCACUUCUGUUUUAAUUUGUCAUUAAAUAAAUCUAUCUUUUUCAUAA